AUGGCAAACACUUUAUUUGACCACGGAGCUGAAUAUCACUUCCAUGAUAUAAACUUCACCCGAAACCAUGCAACGAUGAGACAAACUGAACACGACAGAACAAAACCGUCGAAAUUAGAACUACUUCAGGAGGAUUAUCGUUCAAAAUUGUUACAUGAACGAGAACAGAAGGCUAACGCACUGUUUGAGCAGAAAGUCAGAGCGGAACUCUUGCCGAAGAAGGGAAGCGUUCGAGAUUUUUUUCUGAACCGUAGAAUGUUGGCUGCGAGUACCUCUGGGGCAAGCAGUGGAGUCAAUUUACCACCAAUUAAGACAAACAGACGAUAUAAAGGUAAGUCAUCUUUUUCUUCCCUAUGACCAAGGUGGAGUGACUUAACCGAACGUAUUAUUAGCAUGAGAAAAUUACUGGAUGCUGAUUGGUUGAGAGGAGUACAAUUAUUUUCCCAAAACAAACAAAAUGGAGGAAAGAAAUUGCCUUAGAGGAACUAAAAGCUAAAGAACUAAAUGAAAAUACGCGAACAAAAGCACCAUAUUUUGGUUGAAAGUCUGGCAGGACUGGGCUUUGGCGAGAGAAUAUGAUGUUGACAUUGAGAAUUAUCCAAUUUCGCCAUGCUAUAAAUAUUAAACAAGUAACCAUGCGAUGUUGCUCGUAUAAUUAGGGAUUAAUAGUACUCGUUUCGUCGGCUCGUCCAAUUUUGGAAAAAUUUCCAAACAUCGAUCACUCGUACUAUUAAUCCCUAAUUGUAUUCGCCAUCGCAUGAUUACCUAUACUCAUAAUAACCUUAACGAUCAUCAGUUUAUUAUCCAGGGCUGGUUGUUCGAAAGCAGGUUAACUUAACCCUAGGUUAACCUAAAAUUGAAAUCAAACUUCCCAACAGCUUGUUUAUAAAUUUGGAAAUAUUUCUUCCAAUUUUUUCUGGAUCGGUAGGAGUUUUCUUCUCUGGUGUUUUGCGGAAACAAACGCGCAGAAGUAUAGACAAACUAAAACAGCAGGUUAAAUUUUAACCGAGGGUUAGCACUAAUACAGCUUUGAACAACCGGCCCCAGAGUAUUUUAAAGGCCUGUUUACACUUGCAUUUUUUGCUGCGAUUUUAGGAGCGAUUUUCUUCUUCUGAUGGAUGUGAACGAGUGGAAGAAUUAUGAAUGCUGAGAUGAGGGUACACAUACUCUGAACAUGCAUACUCCUAUACUCGAUCACGUGCACCAGAAAACGAAAAUCGCACCUAAAAACGCAGCAAAAAUUGCAAGCAGGCUUUCUGGCAUCCUUGUGUAGAAAAGUAGGAUAAAAGUAGGACUGGAAUUUUAGGAAAAGUAGGAAUAAAGUAGGAAAAUGUGUAGAAAAGUGGGACAAAAGUAUGAGUUUUUGGAGAUGCAAAUAACACAAAAAUAUACAAAAUUGGCCCCCUAGGAAAUAUGUGGUAAGGGGUGGACCAUUAGAUAUAAGUUGUGUGAAUUUUUGGUGCUCACUAUAUUUUUUUUUGUACUCAUUCAUCUAUGAAUGAAAUCUCUAGAUCUUCAUUAAUUUAUUGAUUAUGAUUCUAGAGAUGCUAUGGAAUUUUAUACUCGGAAAAAGUACUUCUUCUCUUCCUGAAAUCUUAUCAUCUGGUACACAAAUAGAGAAUAAAAAUUACGAGUCCUAUAUAUCUAAUUGCGAGAGCUGUAACAUACUGAUUCCCCAAGCGGUCUUAAGAAAGUAGGAUUUUAUGAGAAAAAGUAGGAGAAAGUAGGAAAAUCAAGCAAUUUUUAAUAAAAAAUAGGAAAAGUAGGAAAGUUGAAGAAAAGUAGGAAAAAGUAGGAUGGCAAGAAAGCCUGUGCAAGUGCUGUUUAAACAGGCCUUAAGACUGGAUCGAUGUAAUUUUUCAAAUCCGACUAUGAGAACUACUGGACUAGAUUUCAAGUCCGCGCAAGUUGAUCACGUUCGAGGCGAUGCCGAGGACUGGAUCAAACUACGAGGACUUGAAAUCUAGUCCAGUCCGAAUUGGAGAAAAUCUAGUCCAUCUUCUCACACGAGUGUGUAACGAGAGAAUCGAACCCAUGCAAGAUCUCGUAAGUGAAAGGCGCUUGCUGAUGAUAAAACUUUCAAGCAAACUUUCCAACAGCCUGUUUAUACAUUUGUCUGAAUCAAUACAAAUUUUAUUUCCUACAACUGCAUAUUGGAGAAAUCAAACAGUCGCAAUGCCAAUAACCUAUCUACUGUAUCAACCAAGCUAACUCUAUAUAACUGUCACGCGCGUAUAUCAUUAUAUUAUAGGUAAGCAAAAGGAUAAAACGAAGCUUGUAGAAAAACAACUGGUCGAUAAAGGAAAAGAAAAAGUGGAAGCAAUCGCUUUUCUAAACGAUAUGGAAAAAACACAAGACGUAAGUGAACUUGGUAAACUACGACAAAAACAUCGAAAAUCUAAAACCGAAAGCCAACAAGAUGUUCCCGCUGUGAACAUGGCGGACAACAGCUUAAGCCAAUCAUUUUCUUCGACUUGUGAUAAAAAAGGAGUUAAUAAAGAUGUUAAGAAUACUUCUUUACGUAAGGCGAGGGGAGUGAAAUCAAGAGAAAUCUAUAAAAGGAGUGGAAAACCAUCGGACGAGACCAACAAUGACAGAAACACGAACAUAAAUAGCCAAGAACUGGAAUCAUCUUUCACCGAACACAAAAUUACCAGAGCACGUCGGGGAGUUAAAUCACAAAAAAUCUACAAGCGUGGAAGAAAACGACCUGAAGAAAGCAACAGGGAGAAGAGCACGAACACGAAGCCAAACACGAACGCAAAUAGCGAAGACCGUGCAUCUUCUUUCGUCGAAAACGACGCCGUCUCGAAAAGUUUGGUCAAAAUUAAAGAACUUGUGAAUCGAAGGAAAACGGAAGAGAUUAUACUGCGUUCCAAAACGGCGAAACUUACAACGGAAAUGGCGACUCCGUCUCCCAGGCGAAACUCGCAAAGUUUUGAUGAAAUGUGUAAAGUUGAAAUGGAACUUCGGGAAACAAUUUCGAGAGAACAGAAAAAGUUGUUGGCGCUACAAGAACGACGAAGGCAAAAAAUUACUGAGUACGGCAAUGAGAUGGAAAGCCAUAAAAAAAUUGGCGGGAAAGAGAGACAAACGGCAGAAAGAAAGCAAAACGCCCUUGGACAAAGUCGAGAGAAGAAAACAACAAAAAAUAUGAAGAAAUCUGAACAAGAAAGCCGUCAAGAGAAAUACAUGGAACAGACGCCUUUAAACUCAAAGAAAACUAAGCAAAAUAAUCAGUGUGAAACGAUGGACACAAAUUCUGUUUCAAAUGAAAAUGCGAACCAACAACAGCAAACAAAUAAAACACAAACACGCAAGGUUCAGAAUAAUUCAAGUUCUGUUAACGCCAUGAUAGAAUUGGUUACUUGCUCAAACUGUGGUCGAGGUUUUAUGAAAGAAAGAAUCGCGAAACAUGAAAAGGCGUGCAGAAAAGCAUCAGCCAGAAUCAAGAAACCGUUUGAUGCGAAACGAAAGCGAGCCGAAGGCACUGACAUGGAGAAAUAUAUUAUUAUGGGAAAGGACACGAGUGACGACUCUGCAUGCAAGGUAUAAAUAAUUUUAUAGCUGUUAUUCAGGUGUAUGAAAGAGCAAGGUUUCCUUGACAAGUUUCCAUAAAAAAUUUACAUUCUCGUGUGUACGAUCAACAAGUUUCCUUGACCUGCAAAUUAGUGC